GCAAAAGCGGCUUUAACUCACUUAAGAGUUAAGAAAGAACACGAUGCAUAUUCUAAUCCAAAUCCGAAGCUGGCUGAUGCAGACAACUGUAUGGAAAUAUUUGGGCUUCACUUCAGCUGUUGUUGGAUUAGUUUGUUAUGCUCUCAGCUCUUCUUUCAACCAUCUUUUUGGAAAUUGGAAUUUGCUGAAGAUAUUUCUUUACAGUGUUUUCUGUUUCAUUAUCUGCUUACUAAUUUUAUCUGCAAUGAUUUGGAAGAAUCACUCGAGAAGACUCAGGUUUCGAGUUCAAUUCGCAUUUUUGGUAUUGACUCUCACCUCUGUGUAUUCCUUUUUCUCCGACAGAGUGAUGAAUGGGAAACCAGAUUCAUAUAGCCUCAUUUCAAGUGCUGCCUUUGCUAUCAUGUCAUUGAGUUUGUCGCGGCAAACUCAAUGUGGAUUUGAAGUUGAUCUUCUUUACUUUUUUCUCGGUUGUUUAAUUGUACAACUCAUGAAGAUUAAAUGGCAGUUAUUUAUUGUUGGAGCAGGUUUCAGUUAUUCUCUUAUUAUUCUUCGUUCUUCUUUUCCUUCCAUAGAUACAGAACCAGAUAAUAUCCAAGAUGAAAUUUCGGUAGUUAUUGAUGUACUUUCAUCACAACUAGCUAGUACUGAUAAAAUUACUAGUAGCAUGAUAGAACAGUUGAGGACUUGUGUUAAUGCGAUUCAGCAUGAUAAUUUGUAUGUCAUCAACAUGUUUUUGGAGCAACUAAAGGAAUAUUUUGACGAUGCAUCUGAAUUAGUGUUGUCUGAACAGAACCUGGAAGAAGUGCUCAAGAUAGAUGCGAUAUCGCAAGAAACGAUUAAUAACCUUCAGGAAACGAUAAAGUUAAUCGUGAGCGUUGGUUUUGAGAAGGAUUGUUCUAGCGUGUACAGCAGUUGCCGGAGAGAGUACUUGGAAGAAUUCUUAAUAAAAAAUUUAUUUGAUUUUGAAAAGUUUAGUAUUGAGAAUGUUAAUAAGAUUCCAUGGAAGGAAAUCAGACACCCGAUUAAGCGAUGGAUUAAAGCUUCGAAGGUUGCUAUUAAGAUACUUUUCCCAACCGAGCGCAGACUCUGCGAUCUUGUUUUCUUCGGAUUCUCAGACGCUGCCGAUCGCUCAUUUACAGACGUUUGUAAGGGAAGCACGAUUCAUUUGCUGAAUUUUGCUGAUGCGUUAGCGAAUGGAAGCCGUUCGCCAGAGCGGUUGUUUAGAGUCCUCGACGUGUUUGAAGCAUUGCGUGACCUAAUUCCGGACUUUGAGUCUCUGUUUUGUGAUGAGUAUAGUGUGUCGCUAAGGAAUGAAGCAAUUUUAGUUUUCAAGAAUUUGGGAAAAGCGAUCGUGGCUAUUUUCGUGGAGUUGGAAAAUGCGAUUCGACAAGAUCAAUCAAAGACGGCAGUUUCCGGUGGAAGGCUACUCCCUAUUGUUCGUUAUGUGAUGAACUACCUCAGACUCAUUUGUGACUAUAGAAAGACACUGGAGCAGGUGUUUGAAGACCAUGACAAUCAUGUAGAUGAUGAUAGAGUUCCCUCUUCUUCCUCUCUUUUAGUACAAAUGGAUCGGAUUAUGAAGGUAUUGGAUACUAAUUUGGAAGCCAAGGCUAAAGUCUUUAACGAUUCUGCUUUGAGCUGUGUUUUCUUGAUGAAUAGCAGCAGUUACAUACUUCAAAAGAUCAAAAAUAGUGAAUUAGGAGAUAUUUUAGCGGAUGAUACGAUCCAAAAACACCAGGCAAAAUUUCGGCACAACUAUGAGCAAUAUCAGAUGAGCUCAUGGAAUAAGGUGACGGAAUUUCUGAAGAUAGACAACAAUGAAAUAGUGCCUUCUGAUAUGGUAGAGAAAUCAAUGAAAGAGAAACUCGAAUCGUUCAACUUAUUGUUUGAGGAAAUAUGUAGGGUUCAGUCUACGUGGUUUGUCUUGGAUGAACAACUUAGGGAAGACAUAAGAAUUUCGAUUGAGAGAAACUUGUUGCCAGCGUAUGGAAACUUCAUUGGAAGGUUCCAAAGUGUUAUGGAACUUGGUAAGAAUACUGAUAAAUAUAUUAAGUAUGCAACAAAUGAUAUUGAAGCAAGACUCAAUGACCUGUUUCAGGGAAGCUGAUGAUCAACCGGUAGCCGAAAGCAAAACUAAACUUAUUUUUGUGUGUAUGUAUUUGUUACAUUGUAACACACUAUCCAACCUCUUCUUUUAAUUACUUAAAAUUGACAAGGGUGUCACAAAAUUAUUACUGAAUUCUAUAUAAAUUUUAUGAAA